AGAGGAAAGGGAAGGAAAGGGAAGGGCGAAAGGCUCUACUCGGGCCAGGCCAAACGCGGAGUCGCCGAGGACAGGAGGAGGACGGCAGAGGAGGAGGAGGAGGAGAGGGGGAGGAGGGAGGGGCGCAGCGCGCGCGCGGAGGGGGAGGGGAGGAGGAGAGGAGGGCGAUGCGGCGGGCGAGGCCGCCGCCGGUGCCGGCGCCGGCGGGGGACGCGGAGGUGAAGUACCGCGGGGUGCGGAGGCGGCCGUCGGGGCGGUACGCGGCCGAGAUCCGGGACCCGGCCCGGAAGACUCCGAUCUGGCUCGGCACCUUCGACUCCGCCGAGGCCGCCGCGCGCGCCUACGACGCCGCCGCCAGGUCCAUCCGCGGCGCCGCCGCGCGGACCAACUUCCCUCCCUCGGGCCCCGCGGCCGCGCCCCCGCUGCCGCCGCUGCCGCCGCACCCCGCCACGUCCCCCGCCGCGGCGACGUCCAGCCACAGCAGCACCGUCGAGUCCUGGAGCGGCGGCGCCGCGCCGGGCCCCGCCGCGGUCACGGCAGCAGGGGUUCCCCGCGGCGCCGCCCCGGCCGCCGAGGAGGACUGCCGCAGCUACUGUGGGUCCUCCUCCUCGGUCCUCUGCGAGGAAGGCGCAUCGGGCGCCGGCGGCGACGAGGCCGCCGCGCCGCCGCGGUGCUCGCCGCUGCCCUUCGAUCUGAACGUGCCGGACGCGGAGGCGGCCGACGAGAUGGACUGGCGCUGCGACACGCUGCUCCGCCUCUAGCCGCCGCGAACCAGCCACGACCAUGAGCCAGCUGCAACUGCAAGCACCCUCCCGGAACUGGUACCGGAUCGCGCUCCGUGUUCUCGGGCUCGCUCAUCCGGUGAGCAAUGCUUGCUGCCGACUGCCGAGUGCUAUCUCGAUAGAAAUUGAUAAUUUUUUCCCUGCUCUUUUUUAGUCUCUUUUACCGCUCUAAAGAUUCGGCAAUACGCUUUGUGAUAAUGUGAAUAACUUCAUCAUGUACUCCGUGGAGAGGAUCUCUUCCUGUAAUCUUAUCACUUAUAUAGUAUGAUGUCUGUAUCCACGGCCUCUUGCUGUAUUACUGAAGGAGAUAAUGGAAUUAAGAGAAAUUUACACAGA